AUGGCAUCAGACGAGGACUACAUGAGCUUCCUCGACAAGGCCAACAAGGACCCCUCAGAGGGGUACGCCAAGCCGCAGGAGAUCAGCAGCGCAAAGCGGCAGUUCAAGACGACCGAUCGGGGCGUCGACAUCCCCGAGCCGCUUGUCCAGGCCACGCAGGAUGCUUACUACGUGAGCGACGCCGACGAGCCGUUUGAGCCUGUGGCGCUGAGCUGGGAUGAGUCGGGAAAGGGGCUGCCCGAUGAAGUGGAAUUCGCCAAGCUCAUCAACCACUGGGAGCCCACCGAGGCCGAGAUCGAGAUCCUCGACCCCGUCGACUGGGACACCACGGGCCAGUACAAGCACGUCAUCGACGCGGUCAGGAAGGCGGGCGCCGGUAACGACGUGCGCGUCUACAGGGUGGCCAAGGGCGGGGUCCGGGCCGAGUACUGGCUCGUCACCACCGAAGGAAAGGGCAAAGGUGCCAAGCUCGUGGGUGUCAAGGCCCUUUCGGUCGAGAGCUGA